GUCGCAGGAUGAAUCAUUCCCCUUGGGCCCUGCCAUGGUUGGACCCUGAUAAACAUGGUUCCUCACUGGAUGCAGUGAAUAAACAAGCUGCAAAUUGCACGGCACCAUGUGCCUUACAGUUGUCUUUUUCAUUAUCCUUAUAACCCUCUUCCAGCUGAUGUUCAGAAAAAGUAUGGGUAAAAUAGAAUCCAUGAAUUUCCCCUUCAACUUCAAACAGCCAAUAGUGAAGAGUCAGAGCCAGAGUCAGGAGCUUAAGCUUGAAUGAUUAUUGAAGGAUGCAGAUGCUUAAUCUAAACAUCCUCAGGUUCUUCUUCAACAAGUGCCUUCUUCUUCUUCUUCUCUCUGUCGCUGUGUUGAGUUGCUUUAGGCCAGCAACAGGUGCUCAGCUGCCUGCCUAUGAAUUGGAUGCUCUUAGUGAAAUUGCUUCACAAUUGGGAAAAAAGGAUUGGAAUUUCAGUCUCAACCCUUGUGAUGGGAACUCCAACUGGUCAACACCAAUAAUAACAGAGAAGCCAUUAUAUGGCAAUAAUGUCAGCUGCAAUUGCUCCUAUCCUAAUGGUGAAUGCCACGUGGUUAACAUAACUCUCAAAGGGCAGGAUCUUGCUGGUGUCCUUCCACCAUCCCUGGUGAAACUACCUUACCUUGAGAUGAUUGAUCUGACUAGGAACUACCUUAGUGGUGACAUACCUCCUCAAUGGGCUUCUACAAAGUUAGAAAUUCUAUCCAUUUCUAUGAACCGAUUCUCAGGCCCAAUCCCAAAAUUCUUUGGGAACAUUACCACUCUUAAGUACUUGGGUUUUGAGGGCAAUUUUUUUUCUGGAACUGUACCUCCCGAGCUUGGGAAACUGGUCAACUUGGAGCAUCUCAUUCUUAAUUCUAACAAUCUCACUGGAGAGUUGCCUCCAACCCUUGCUAACCUGACUAAUUUAAAAGAACUUAGGAUUAGCAGCAACAAUUUCACAGGAAAAAUACCUAGUUUCAUUCAAAAUUGGAAGCAACUUCAGUACUUGGAAAUCCAGGCCAGUGGUUUUGAAGGCCCCAUACCUUCUAGUAUUUCUGCCUUGACUGAUUUAAUUGAACUAAGGAUCAGUGACUUGACUGGAGAGGGAUCCAAAUUUCCACCAAUAAGAAACAUGAAAAGCUUGGAUAAGUUGAUGUUGAGGAGCUGUAAUAUCUCUGGACCCAUCCGAACAUAUCUAGCAGAUAUGACAGAAUUGAGAUUUCUAGACCUCAGCUUCAACAAGUUGGAAGGACAAAUUCCAAAUCUUGACAGUCUAACAAAUGUUGAAGCCAUGUGUCUGACAGGCAACUUGCUUAAUGGAAAUAUUCCAGACGGGAUCAAGAGCAGAGAAAGUCGCUCCCAAAUAGAUCUUUCUUACAAUAACUUCUCUGAGAAAUCUGCACCACCUGCUUGUCGAGAUAGCUUGAACUUGUUUAGAAGCUUUUCUGGGGGGAAAAACUUAGAACUUGGUGGGUGCCUGGAAAGCUAUCCUUGUUCAAAAGAUCGAUAUUCAUUGCAUAUAAAUUGUGGGGGAGCGGAAACAACCAUCGGAAACAUUGUUUAUCAAGGGGAUCAAUAUGAAGGAGGUGCUGCAAAGUUUCAUCCCAUGAGUGAUAAUUGGGGGUUUAGUAGCACUGGACACUUCUGGGACCAUAGCAUCUCCAUAAACGAUUAUAUAGCACAAAAUGUAUCUGUACUCAGAAUGAACAACUCUGGGUUAUACACCAGAGCACGCCUUUCUCCUCUAUCUCUCACUUAUUAUGGACGCUGCUUAGCGAAUGGGAACUAUACAGUGAAGCUUCACUUUGCAGAAAUAAUUUUUAGAAGCAAUAGAUCUUUCUAUAGUCUGGGAAGACGGAUUUUUGAUGUUUAUAUACAGGACAAGCUGGAAUUGAAGGAUUUUGAUAUUGAACAUGCAGCAAGAGGAGUCGAUAAGACAAUUGUAAAAGAAUUUAAAGCAGUUGUUAGAAAUAAAACUUUAGAAAUCCGUUUUUAUUGGGCUGGGAAGGGGACAACAGCUUUGCCAUCAAGAGGAACUUAUGGUCCUCUCAUAUCAGCUAUUUCUGUAGAAUCCGACUUCAAGCCUCCUUCUCAUGGCAACAUGAAGACACUCAUUGGAGCUCUAGGUUUGCUGUUGAUCCUCAUUUUCACAGUUUUAGGCAUUAUUUGGUGGAAAUGCUACUUCAAAGGAAAAUCCCCAAUCGAAGAGUUGAGAGGAUUAGAUCUGCAGACUGGCUUUUUUACUUUGCGACAAAUUAAAGCUGCUACUAACAACUUUGAUGCUGCAAACAAGCUUGGGGAAGGAGGUUUUGGAUCUGUAUAUAAGGGUACAUUGUUAGAUGGUACCAUAAUUGCAGUGAAGCAACUUUCUUCCAAAUCGAAGCAAGGAAAUCGUGAAUUUGUGAAUGAGAUAGGAAUGAUAUCUGGUUUACAACACCCGAAUCUUGUGAGAUUAUAUGGAUGCUGUAUUGAAGCAAAUCAACUAUUGUUGGUAUAUGAAUACAUGGAGAACAAUAGCCUUGCCCGUGCUUUAUUUGGUAGAGAGGAAUUCCAAUUGAAAUUGGACUGGCCCACCAGACAGAGGAUUUGUGUUGGCAUAGCAAAAGGUUUGGCUUUCCUGCACGAGGAAUCAGCAUUGAAAAUUGUUCAUAGGGACAUCAAAACAAACAAUAUACUUCUCGAUAGGGACCUUAACCCUAAGAUAUCUGACUUUGGUUUGGCCAAGCUUGAUGAAGAAGAGAACACCCACAUUAGCACCAGAGUUGCUGGAACUAUAGGAUAUAUGGCACCAGAGUAUGCGCUCUGGGGUUAUUUAACCUAUAAAGCAGAUGUUUACAGCUUUGGAGUCGUUGCAUUGGAAAUUGUUGCUGGGAAGAACAACAUGAAAUAUAGACCAAACGAGGACUAUUUUUCUCUUUUAGAUUGGGCCUUUUUUCUACAACAAAAAGGAAAUCUGAUGGAGUUGGUGGAUCCAAAGUUGGAGUCUGAUUUCAACAAGGAAGAGGUCUUAAGAAUGAUUAAAAUAUCUCUAUUAUGCACCAAUCCAUCCCCGGCACUUAGGCCUACCAUGUCUGCAGUGGUGAAUAUGCUUGAAGGUCGGGCUCCUGUUCAGGAAUUCCCCUUGAAUCCAAUUAUUUUUGGUGAUGAAGCCCUCAGAAGCCAGUAUAGUCAGAUGCAUUUCCACAGAUCAAGUGAAACUGAGACCAUCAAGCAUUCAUCUGAUUCAACAGGCAUUGGAUCUCCCUCUACAUCAACGCGUGAUCUCCAUCAAAUCAAUCCUGACUCAUUAAUGUAGCCAUGGUAAGAACGUUAAUUGGGCACGUUUCGAAAGCACUUUUCUUGUCGUUGAAAGCUUUUUACUUGUAUUUAGAAACAAAACUGAUCCAAGUUUUGCUUUCAAAUAGGUAACCAAUAAAUAAAUAAGUUGUGUAGUCCUGAGGCUUACUAUUUAUAACUUCAAACAGCGGAUGCCACUCA